AUGCGGGAAGUCAAUUUUAGUAUUCCCAAUGUGAAUAAGGCCUCGGUCAACAUCACCACCACCCUCUAUGACCGUCGUGCCCUUGAUUGCACAUCGACUUUGCCGCUCAUAAACUCUCUCAACCAUCUUGCAUACCUCACAACCUCGUCCGCUCGGAUUCGAGACAUCCUCACCGUCGAUGGCGGCAUCGAGCGACUGAUAUGCAUCCUCAAGGAAGGUCGCAGCAAUGAUUUGUUGGAAAUGUGGAAAUGGAGCCUCGCUUUCCAAUGUGUUGUCAAUAUCGGCGUUCGGGGCUCUGAGAGUGUGAGGACAAGAGUGGUGGAAGCCGACAUGGUCCCCGUCAUUGCCACCUUUCUGAACAACUACAUCAAAGUGGUGGACAAGGUGCGAUCGCGCAGCGAUCUUGAAUCCGAGAAGCAGGCGUCUUCUAAGCAGUCAAAGCCUAGCGGCAGCCGAGAUAUCCCUAUGAAUGCAGAUACCCACACCGAGUCACACCCACAGGUCGAGUUGCACCAACCGCGUCGACAAGCCCCUCCGCCGAGUAUCGAAAUCCCCCAGCCUUUCUACCAAGACAGCCAACCCACCGACUCCGAUGCCAUGGAUAUCACAUCUCCUCCUCGUGUCCCCAUGACAUCCCCCCGGAGCGCGGUACAUUUGUCCAAGAAGCCCGUAACCACCGGUUGA